UUUAACCUGACGCCCACCCAGAAAACGUUGCUCGUCGAUUUUGUUAUAUAGUAUGUAAAUGUAAAUGGGUCACUUGUGCGGCUUCUGCAACGAGCUCUUGAGCUGCACAGCUUAUUGGAUUUGUGGCAGUCUUGAGUCAACACUCGUGGACAACGCAUCCGUCCAACAAUUAAGACGGACAGUCGGACAGACAGGUCGGGAGCAACGUGCAAUGUUGGCCAAAGCGGUGGGCUAUGGCUACUUUGUGGCCUAUGUGCUGGCGCUAAUCAGUUGGCCUGGCGAGGCAUAUCCAGCGAAUAGCUAUCGGGAUCUGGACAUUUGCAAUCACUGGAAUGGCAGGCGACACUUUCUGGAGCUGGGCGAACGUGGCGAGCUGCAUGCUCGGAAUGUCAGCACCACAGCAUAUCGAAGUUCGCCAUUGUUGCUCAAGAACGAACUGGCCGCCGGGGAUGCGUGGUAUCAGUGCAAUCUGGAGCUGGUCACCUGUGCCGAAUGCGUCAUCCGUGUGACCUUCACGCACGCCAACUUCUCGAAGAGUUGCAGCAACACGGGCGGCAAGUCCAACAUGUGUCCCUGCGAGCACAUACAGUUCUCGGAGCCGCCGUACGAUACGACCAUAUCGGGUCAGGAGUUCUGUGGCGAUGGCAAAGUCUUUCGCAGCAAGACAAGAACCUUACAGCUUAAAUUCUUCUACAGGGCCACCAAUGCACAUGUCUUCUCGCUGCAGUACUUCUCGGAGCGCAAUGUCAAAAUUGUCAGCGGUUCACCAAAGCAGUCCAUUGUGGGCAGUGGCAGUGGCAGUGUCAAUGUUAAGUACAUGCCACAGAUUAUAUCGACGCCCUAUUUUCCCAUGGCCUAUCCAAGGGAUUAUGCCAUCGAGCACAUACUCACCUGCGAGGCGGACAAUUGUCAGGUGCGGCUGGACUUCACAGAUUUUCAGCUGGGUCUGGCCUCAACGCUGGAGAUCUUCGACUCGAAUGGCCAGAUGCUCGACUCCUACACGGGGGAACACUUUCGUCCGCCCAUAACUGUAAGCAGUGGUAAAUCGCUGUUGCUGCAGUUCCGCGGCAAUUCCGUUUCGGGUGUUGGCUUUCGCGCCGAGGUUAGCUUUGUCUCCUCCAAGCAGCUAAAGGACGAACGAGUACCCUACACGGACUGCGGCGGCAUGGUGACUGGACCUGGUGGUGCCAUCACCAUGAUGAACAUGAUUGAGAAUGCCACAGAUGUGCGACUGUUUGACUGCAUCUGGAUUAUUAAGCCGGGUAAUAACUAUAUGAUGAUGAAGACGCACAUCUCGCUGCGUGUGGAUGACUUUUAUGGAAUGGCAGCCCGUUCGGAGCUGACAAUUAGGCAGGGCACCACCUCGGAGUCAUCGGAGAUUGAGAAUGUGAUGUGGCCGCAUAACGGUCUCAGCAAGGAGAAUCAUAUUGCGCCCAUCCUAACUGGUUACUAUAUACGACUGCGUGGAGUAUUUGGCAUGUCCUCCAAACUGGCCAUUGUGUAUAGCGUCUUCAACUAUUUGAAUUGCUAUAUCGGUUCGGAGUUUCUGUGUGGGAACAAUCAUUGCAUCUCCAUCAGACUGCAUUGUGAUGGCUUCGAUCAUUGUGGCGAUGGCAGCGAUGAACCCGAUUCCUGCGAGGAGGAUUGGGCGCACUUGCAUCACGAUCGUCGCUGGUAUUCCCACAAGCCCAACUAUUACUUUCCCAAGAUCGAUCAGUAUCCGGAUCUGAAGACAGCCACGGGCAUCUUUAUCAUCAGCACCCUGGGCAUCUUUGGCGUCCUCUCCGGCUGGAUGGUCAUACUCUAUCGCAUGGGCGUCCGGGCGCGCCAUCAACGUGAACUCCAGAGUCACUUGCAGACGAUCAGUGAGUUGCUGGACCGGCAGGAUGAGGAGCGCACACCGGACGAGCCGCCCAGCUAUGAGGCGCCGCCCGACUACGAGGAGGUCAUCAAGGUGGGCAUGCAGCAGGAGCUGCGCGAACCGCGUCGCCAGCGUCGACAGCGUCAGCGGCAAAGGGAACGGGAUCGUGAUCGUACCUGCAGUCGUGCGCCGAGCAACUGCACCAUGCAAUCGAUGGUGCCGCUGCAUCGCAGCUGUAGCCUGGAUCAGGAACAGCCCAGCACCUCGGCGGCAGCAAUGACGCGAGCCGUGGCCUCCACGGAUACCUCACAGGAUGCGGCGCAACGAAUGCUGCUGGCCACUGCCAUAUGUGGCGCUGCAAGCGCGUCUGGGAAGGCAACAGCGCUCCCAGGCGAUGGCAGCACCGGCAGCACCGUGGGGCUUUCAGCGUGCCCGGCAACGUUUUCCGCUGGGCGUGAACUAUCCGCUGCCGCUGGAGCGGCACAGCCGCAGACGCCUGGCAGCACGGCGGACGACUGCACCGACGCCUUUCGCGACAAUUCACUCAAUAUAUCACUCACUCUAGGACUGCCCAAGAGCAGCAGCAACACAUCUGGCAGCCUGGUCAGCAGCACGCCGGCGCCAGUGCAUAACCAGAGCCUCAUCAGCAACUGCACCGAGCAUACGUAUCUGAAGCGUUCCUGGCUGCUGGUGCAACAGCACUCGCCGCAUGGACAGCGAUGUCGCGUGCAGCGAUUGCGUCACACUUUCUCCUCGCCGGAGGCAUUCAGUGCCCAUGAGCUGCAUUUGCCGUAUCCGGAUUUCCUCAGUUAUGGCACCAAUUUGCCGCAUGAGCGCAGCAGCAGCAACUUUGGCUCCGAACUCUCCAGAGAUCCCUCCAGCUACAGCGUGGGGAAGCGUGCUCGACUCGCCGCAGCUGAGCCAAGUGAAUGCCAAACGCCAACCAAUGAUCUCGAGUGCUCCGACAGCACGUUGCAAUCAGAGAUGACACUCUCGCAGCAGGAGCUGAUUGCGACGCACAAUGACAGCGAGGCGGAGCAGCAGGUAUCCUGCUUUGGCACUGUUUCCCAGCGUCCCAAGCGGCAUCGCGUCAGGAGUCGCUCCUUUAGUAGUUCUCGAGUGGGCAGCGGGGGCAGAAGACGCCUCAGGCAGCGCAGCUCUUCGGCGGAUCUGCUGAUCUAUGCUGGCAUGCAGAGGGAUUCGGAUGUGGAGGCGAAAACAAUGCAGCGAUUGUUUUUUAUAUGAGGUGCCGAUGAGAUGAGGGGAGUGGAAUUUUAUUGGAACGAUAGUAUUAUGCCUGGUGUGAUGCUGUUCAGGAGCUGGUCUUAAUUCGUAUUUAUAAAGGUAUUUUUUUAAUUUGCGAAUAUCAUUUAAAUUCUAUUUGAAUAUCGAAUUUACGAAAAUCCCACAAAAAGUAGUCCGUAGUAAAAUAUGAUUUCAUAUUUUGUUUGUCUCUAAUAACUAUUUUCUAUACAGAUA